GGCAUACGUUUCCUUGCGACGCCUGCACUCGGCCGCUGUCAAGCCCGCGGUAAGGCACCGGGCGCAGCGCCCAAGCGCGGGAAAACGCAUCCGGCUCAGCCCUAGCUCCUCAAAGCGCUUGCUAUGCAAAUUUUGCAGAAUCUCUUGCAUUAGCGCAUCAGAGCUGCUGGGCGCAUGGCUGGGCUGCUGGAGCAAGUCCGCGCUGCGGGCUCAAAGCGCCUGUGUACGCUUUCAGCUCUCUUCCAGCGCUUUUCAUGCACAGAAUUCAACUUUUGCCUUUGCACCCGCUUUGCAGCGCAGGCGCGGCCACGGCACUACUUGCAGGCGCGCUACUGGGUGCGCUUGGCUCCAAGCGCUGUCACUUAAGGCUGGCUUAGCAAAUUAAGGUAUUCAUAUGGAGCAGCUUUCCAGGGCAUUCCGCGCGGGUCAACCCACGGUCAAGCGGGAUGGGGCUUCUUUUCGUUUGGGGGCCAUUCUUUACUUGGGCCACGCGCGGCGUUAUAUAGCAAAAGCUUUCAGUGAGCUCAUACGCGCACACACAUACAUACAACUAGCUUUCCUCUCAAGCCCCAGAGCCUCGCCUAGCUAACUAUUUCCGACUUGCGUCUUCUUCCUCGCUUUUCCUAUCAAAGGCCCUCAACUGGCAGCACCGGCUCACUGUGACGCUUGUUGCUUGUGGCGACACGCAUCGAGUGGGCGGCACUGCAAGAGGCGAACACGCUUCCGACGGACGGAAACGCGCUCCUGGCUCUCCCGUUCUGUGUGCGGCGGCAAGAGCAGCCUAGCGGUAUGGAUUAUUGCGACCUGCAGCAGACACUGCUGCGAGCGAGGCUGCUGAAGGCCAAGGAGCGGCGGCACAGCAGCAACAUGCAGGACUGCAACAACCAGAAGUCCAGCGCCCGCAGUCUCCUGUCCAAGGGCGGCGAGCACAAGGCCGCGGCCAAACCCAUCAAACCGACCGGCGGUUUCCGUGCCAAGCUUCUGGCGGCGAAGCGCCGUGCCGCCUUUGGCGGUGGCGCCUCGACCACGGCUAAGGCUGGCCAUGUGCCCGCGCCCUCUCCUAGCAGCGGCGGCAGCGGGUCUGACGCGGCCUCUGGCAGCGGUGGGAUCUCCAACGGCACGUCGCGCCAGCAGGCGCCCUCGACAAAAACCAACACCAACACCGCCGGUAGCAACAAGACUGGCGAUGGCGGCAUUAACACGGCCGCUUCGGUGAAGACUGGCUUCCCGUUACUCUGCCGUCGCUCAUCCGCCUCCUCCACCAGCAGCAGGCCCGCGCUGCCUGCCGCCACACUACCCACCCCCUGCGUGCCCGGUUCCAAGCCUGCACCCCAGUCCAACGCCGCCGCCGCCGCCACCACCGUCGCUGUUGCUGCUACGACUGCUGGCUCAUCAUCAGGAGCCCGCCGCAUGGAGGGCCGCUGCCGCCCCUACCGGCCGCCCAUGCGGGUGCAGGGCGCCGAAGGCGGCAAGGCGGCCACCGCUGGCAUUGGCCCGGGCAGCAGCAGCAGUGGCUCGGGCCUGAUGCUCCGCAGCUUGGUAGGGUGCCUGCUGCCCCACCUCGCCACUGCCGCCAUCGAGAAGGCAGCGCACGUCGCGGCCGCCGUCGCCCGCCGGGUGAUGGCACCCGUCGCCGCCGCCGCCGCCGCCGCCGCCGUGCCCUGCCGGAUGGUGGCCCCCGUCGCCACUGCCGCCGCCGUGCCAUGCCGGAUGGUGGCACCCGUUGCCACUGCCGCCGCCGUGCCAUGCCGGAUGGUGGCCCCCGUCGCCGCGGCCGCGGCCGACGCCGGCGCGCUGGCGCCCAAGCUCGUGGCCUUCCGGCCUCCGCCGCCGCCCAUCAUGCCAGUGCACCAGCACCAGCACCAGGACCAGCACCAGCAGGCGGGCCCGCGGUACGUGGCGCGGCCGGCGGUGCAACUGAUGGUGGGGCCGCCUGUGGUUCAGGCUACCGCUGGCGCCGCGGCCGUGGCGGCGCCGCGGCUGCUCGUGGGGGCUCCGGUCAAGCUCCUGAUGGCGCCUAAGCUGCUUCACCAGCAGCAGCACAUCCAGUUGGCCAACCGCGUGGCUUGCGUGCCGUACCCGCACCCGCACCCGGCGGUGCAGCCGCAGCCGGUCCUGGUGCACGGCGGCAUGCCGGCUCCGCCCCAGCCGCACCAGCAGCAAGACCAAAGCCUGCAGAUGCGGAUGCAGCAGCUGCAGCAGGCGCAGCAGCUGUGGCAAGCGCAGAAGGAGAUGGUGCAGGAGGCGAAGGCCCGGCGGAAGCAGCGGAUCCAGGAGGCUAUUCAGGAGGAGGAGGACAUUGUUGUGGCCAACGUGCGCGAGCUCAUGCAGCGCGUCACCAGCGGCGCCCCCAAGCCCUUCGAGCUCAUCCGCCUCAAGCGGCACCUGGGCCAGGGCGCCUUUGGCUGCGUCGACUGCUGGGAGGUCACAGAGCGCCAGUCCGCCACCGCCUCCUCCGCCGCCUCCUCCUCUGGCCUGGCGGCGGCGGCCUCCGGCACCGCCACUGCCACCAGCAGCAGCCACACCUUUGAGGCGGCGGUGAAGACCUGCGCUCUGGACCUGAAGGGCCUGGCGGCGGGAGGCGGAACGCCGCAUUCUGUGGAGAUGCAUGCCAAGGAGGCGGCGGCGGUGCUGGCGGUUCAGGCGCUGGACUCGCGGCACCUGGUCAAGGUGCUGGGGGCCUACGUCGACGUGCUGACACCCGGGGAGGACGUGCCGCCCCGCGGCUGCGGCAUCGCCAACCUGCACGUCGGGCGCAUCGUGAUGGAGGUGGCGGGGGAGUCGCUGACUGACGUGGUGACGGGCCACCGCGUGCUCGCGCACUGCGCCGCGGGCGGCGCCGCCGCCGCCUUUGACGCCGACUCAGAGGACACGUCCGGCUACCGGCUGCCCGAGACCGCGGUGCGCGUGGUGCUGGCCUCGGUGCUGCUGGGCCUGCGCGACCUGCACGGCCGCGCGCGGCUGGCUCACCGUGACCUGAAGCUGGACAACCUUCUGGUUGGCACGGACCGGCUUAUUAAGAUCACCGACUUCGGCCUGGUUACGCCUCUGGACAGCCAGGGCCGCCUGGUCUCGGAGGUCGGGGGGCGGCGGGGCACGAAGGGCUACCAGGCCCCUGAGACGUUGGCGCGCCGCACCUUCGCGGCCAACGAGCGCGACCUGCCCAGCUGGCCAGCCGCCAAGAGCGACAUCUACGCGGUGGGCGUGAUCGGCGCGGCGCUGGUGUGCGGCACCGAGUCGGGGCCGGAGAUGGACGCCUUCCGGGGCAGUGGUGAGCUGCCGCCGCAGCGGCACGCCUCGCCAGCGCUGCGGCAGCUGCUCAAGGGCAUGGCGGCGGCGGACCCGGCGCAGCGGCUGGGGGUGGAGGAGGCACUGGCGCACCCCGCGCUACGCAGGGCGCUGAGCAGCGAGCGGGCGCGGCGGUUCAUCUGGUGAUGGCGGCAAGGCCAGAUCGCUCGGGCAUGAGGCGGGCUAUAUGCGGGCAGUGCGUCAGUGAUGAGCCGUGGCUGUCAAAUGAAUAAAGGAGUGCGUACGUGUGUGUCAGAGCUUACUUGCUUGAGGGCUGGGUAUUUCUAAGUAUAAAGACACAGCAUGCGCAGUGUUGAGGACCGUAUGGAGGUUCAUAUUAUAAAACAUAGAUUGGCCUGAGGGAACAUUGAUUGGCCUCAGGAUAGAACCCUUAGCAAGCAAGCCGUGGAUGGCAGCGCGCAUAGUCGCGGCUACUAAUCCUUGCUGCUUCUCCUUGAUUGAUUGAUGAUACGGUUGGCCUAGACACUAGAACGCCGCGUUGCCGGCUUGCCGUAAUUGGCAGAGUCGAAUGGAUGCUUGGGCCGUGGCCCAAUGGCUCCCUGACGCUGUGUUCUGAAACGGAAGGGUACCAUAUGUGCUGGCGCUUGCGUAUGCGUGCGCUAGUUGUCGGUCCUUCGGGCAACGGAUGGACUGGGCAACGGAUGGACUGGGACCACCCUACUUGAGCCCUAUUUCAGUCUGACUCCUUGAUUGCUGUAUCUCGGACAUGGACCCAAUGAUACGUGCGUGAGCUAGCGUCGUCUGGCAGUUUAUUUGGGCACAGGUAGCUAGGUCUAUCUGGCGUUGAGCUUGCUUAACAAGCCUUGUGUGACCCUUUUAUUUGCGAUCCAUGUGUGCUGUGCGGUCCAAGCUUGCGAGCUACGUAGUCAGGAUUGUGCAAGCAAGCCUCUGAAGAGCCGUAAGCUGCUGGUCUUUCCCUAGGCGCGCAGCAGAGUGCACUGACGUGCACAAGGUAACCCGCCUUUGUAGUGCAAAGGGAUACUCCACUCAACCAAGCGUGUGAGCUUGGGUGCUAUCUAGGCAAGAAGAUGCCUUACCAAGAGAUAAGUAUGACACGCGAGCUUGAGCCGACGUCCGAUUUGUAACAUACGAAUUUG